ACAUCGGAAUUGAAGGGAGAGUGAGUGAUCUAAGUCCACCUAAUUGUUUUCCUCUUGUUUUUGUAGGGGCCAAAGGCCCAACUUUAGCUGAUUUUUCUGGGUCACAUCAGAAAUGGGUAAAGGACUAAUCUACUUAAUUUCUAUUUUUCAUUGCUUCAAAAUACAAGAAGGGCCCAACUUAACACCAGAAAGUUAGGGCAUGCUAGAGCCGAAAGCUGCUGGUUGUGGUAAGAAAUUGAGGUGUGGCCUACGAUAGCAUGAUAAUAUCUGACUUGUCCUCCAAAACUUCCUCACCUGUAAAAAUAUCACAUGUCUCUGCUUCAAAAAUGUAUGCACAAAUUAAAUGUUAUUUCUUUUUGAUCCACAACGAUACAUCUAUAAAAGGGGCCACUUCCCUUUACUUUGCAGGCUAAAAUCUUUGCCUAUAAUAUAAUAGCAACAUAUCCCAUAAAAAUUCUCAUAAUGUUAAGCCCUAAGAAAGUCAUUGAGAUUGCAAGUAAAUGGCAGAAUGCAGCUUCUACUAAGAGGAGGAGCAGGAGAAGAAUAUGCUUAUCAUCAUCAACAACAAAUGGAUCAUCACCACCAUCAUCAUGUGACGGUUAUCAGAGACGCAAAUUUCAAGUAUCACAGAAGGGUCAUUUUGUUGUAUACAGCAAUGACAACAAGCGUUUUGUAGUGCCACUGCAGUAUCUUAACCAUGACAUCUUCAAAGAGCUCCUAAAAAUGUCUGAGGAGGAAUUUGGAUUGCCUGGCAGUGGACCUAUUAUAUUCCCAUGCGAUGGCGUUUUCGUGGAAUACGUUCUUUCUUUGGUGAAACAAGUACAUACUGAUUCCGAGGAGUUAACAUUCUCAAUUAGAAAAUAGGGCACUCCAAUUAACGGUUCCACUCUGUAAGAACUAAUUCGAUCAGUUCGAACUUUCUCGCAAUCUUCUUUCUGAUAUUCUAAGUGUAUUGUAUGUAUAUGAAAAUCAUUAGCCCUAAGACUUAUAAUUAUGUAUGUAAAGUUGCUUAUUUAUUAAUUAAAAUGGAGGAUGCAUUUUCUUUUUGGGUAA